AUGUUCCAUGGGGAUUCGUUACUUAUUUCUUGUUGGGUUUGGUACGGUAUACAUUCGGAAUCGCUUGGAAACUUUCUUUAUUUUUCACCAUUAUGCAGCAACGCUUUACGUAUUGCCCGGCAGCUCAAUGAAAUCUGUCUGGAGGCACAAGCUUGUUACAGCCUCGGCAAUACGUACACUCUAUUGCGGGAUCCAGCGAAAGCGAUUGUUUAUCAUCUUCGUCAUUUACUGAUCGCCCGACGUCUUGGGGAUCGUGUGGGCGAGGGCCGUGCCCAUUGGUCACUGAGCAAUGCGUUUGCCGCUUUGGGACGCUUCGACUGGGCCUUGCGCUGUGCCCGGCGUCACCGAAUGAUUGCCAGAGAGCUACACGAUGACACGGGCUUAAUGGCUGCCCAGCUAAUGAUUCGUGAGGUCCAGAGUUUUAUGUCUAACCACGACCGCGAUCAACGGGAUUCGAUUGCCACGAAUGGAUGGGGCACGGAAUCGGAGGUAUCCGGCACCAGGAAUGCUAUCCCGAAUGGUGCUCCUCCCGUCCCAUGCCGCUCCACGUCACUGACAACACUUGCAACGGAAACUGAGAGUAGUUCGAAGGGGGAAAACAAUGAAUGUGCAAACUUGGAGGAGGACAACGACUUAGAUCUUGACGCGGAUUUGGAAAGAGAGCUGGCCUCCACCGCAGCUGAUGUACUGGACACUGUGGAAGUUGUCACUUUGGGAGAGAAUGGAAAAACAACUGCUAUCCGUUUGGGUUGUUUAGAUAUCCCCGACACAGUUACCGCGAACCCACAAGUGACGAAACGGGACCACAUGGCUUCAUUCUACUCCAAUACGCCUGCGUUUCGGCCGCACCCAAUGCAGCCCACUUCCCGGACAAAUUCCAACGAUAUUGAAGAGCAGUUGGAAUCUAUUGGGACGGCUAAUCCAUCAAAUCCACCCUCGCAAGCGUAUCAUCUGCCCAACGGUUCUGAUGCCUCUGUUCAAGCGGCCGCUACUACAGAGGAGGAACAGGCCGAAGACCCUCAAGAAUGUUUUUACUCCCUACUUCUUACCUCACAAUCUCGUCGAAUGGAUGAACAACGCUGUCAGUUACGCGCAGCUCCUGUUUCCCUGUCCUGCAAUCGGCGUUCCGAACCCGUUGAAGCUGCGGAACAGUCUGGUUCCACCGCCUCCAUGCAUGCAGAGGCGGUUCCGGACGAAGCUCUGUUCGAUCUUAUCGAAGGAGUUCAAGGUGAUCGAAUGAACGAUCAACGUGCCAGCCUCCCUGCUUUCCCCGGACUUCGAGCUGGCCGCAGUCUUCAAUUGUUCGAUGGUGGCUCUCUCGGCAACGUGCACGGAGCGAUGUUAACAUCCACUGGGAGUGGGGCGAGCGACGGUCUGCCAGAGCCGUCCAGCACUCGUUCACUCCGCACCCACGGUUUACGGGAGAACUCCACGGGGAAUGAAUCCACUAACAAUCACGGAACAAUACGCGAGCUGGACGAUGAGUUCUUGGACAUGAUUUUGCACUUACAGACAUCAACCCGUAUAAAUGACCAGCGCAGCAACUUGCCGGACCCGUUGUAUCGGGAUUCUGCGACACAGCGCUAUUCACUAACCAUCGGUGUCACCACGACGGAUGAAUGUUGUUCUGUCCCGGACAGGCCUGCCUCAGGCUCAUUUUCUCGUCCUACGGCUGCCACGGUACCUGAUGAGGAUUUCUUCGCUCUUAUCCAACGCGUUCAGUCCACUCGAUUGGACGAGCAACGUUGCAAUCCGCCCGCACCUGUUCCCCGUCCAGAUGUGCCGCCAAACGAGCCUGAACCAAGCCCUCCUUUGUCCCGUUCGGACAGCAAAUCUUCCAGUGGUUCACGUCGCCGCGGCACCAGUUGGCGCCGUUUGGCUCCAAACCAAAACAGAUGA